ACUGACAGCGUCGACGUGAAUCCGCCGUAUUACUGACAGGCAGCACCGCGUGAGCCGCUUCUGUCAGUGUUAUUGUUGGGAGGGGGGGGGGGGGCGUUAAACGGUCUCAUUGCCGACUCGAUUGUUAACUUGGUAGAUAACCUGCGGAACUGAGCGUGACUUAACAAUCAGCUUGGCCGGGCAGACUCCAACAGCAGCAAGCCACCGGAGGAGCUGCCGCUGCUCCAGAGGAGAGGCUGUCAGCAUGUCCCUGUUCUUCAGGAGGAGGAAGCCGAGUGACGAGUCCAAGAAACGACUAGAAUAUCAGCUUUGCCUAUCUAAAGAGGCUGGUGCUGAUGACAUUCUGGACAUCUCAGUAUGUGAACUCUCCAAGGUGCCAUCCAGUGCCUUCUCCAUCUGCAAGGUGCUGCAGAAGAAGGUGCUCAUUCUCCAUGGCAACGAGUUGAGAUCUCUGCUCCCCAAAGGAUGUGACAUCAGCACUCUGGCCACUUUAAAGGUAUUGGAUCUCCAUGAAAAUAAGCUCAUUGCACUCCCAGAUGACAUCGGAAAGCUAGUAUCAUUGCAGGUUUUGAACGUGGCGAAGAACCAGAUUAAGGCUCUGCCCGACUCCAUUGGAAAUUUACAACUGCUGCAGACACUCAAUGUGAAGAGUAACCAUCUCAGUGAGCUCCCAUUGUCCACGGGCACCAUGCGUAGUUUACGAACACUAGACCUGAGUGAUAACAACAUUUACCAGCUUCCCAAAACUCUGGCCUAUAUCCGAACUCUAGAGAGCUUGACACUUGAUGCAGCCAUGAUGUCCUAUCCACCUGCGUCUGUAUGCACAAAAGGCACAGAGAACAUCCAGCGCUUUUUGUGUGCUGAGCUGGGAGAGGACUACUGCCCUCCAUCCCAAUAUUUACUGCCAGUGUUGGAGAGUGACUGUGGGACGUUGAACUCUGACUGUCUGGAUGGCGAAGAGCAGGCCUGGCAGAACAAAUUUAGUGACUAUGAGAAGAGAAAGGAACAAAGGCAACAAGAGAAGCUGGCCUUUGAGCGGUUGCUUGAAGAAAAGCAAAAGGAUCAUGCUCAACUUCUCCUCAUGAACACCUCUCGCAAGGAGAACAUGCUCCACUCAGUCAGACAGGAGCAGGAACGUCUUGAGCAAGGUGUGACUCAGCAGCAGCGAGCUCAGGAGGCAGAGAAGCUGCUGGUGCUAGAGAGGGUUCGACGGAGUGAGAAUGACAUCAGCAGUCGUAUCAGUAACUUACUAAUGGACAGCAGCCGACAGAAAAGGAGUUCUGAAUUUCUCCAGGCCUUGGAGCAAGAUCGGAUGCGUAUGGAGCAACUGACUGCUAUAACUCAGGAAGAAGCCAAUUCACUUAGGAAGAGGGAAGUGGCAAUGGCAAUGCAGAAGAUGCUAUCAGACAGCUACUCCAUUGGCCUUAUUCAGGAAGCUAGUGACUCUCGCAGACAGAAUCUGGUCUUUGAGGCCUGCAAGAGCCUGGAAAAUUUGGACAGGAGGUUUGAUCAAGUGCUUUCCCUUCAGCUGCUCGACAAGUCCAAAGCCAUCACGCGUAUCUUACUGGAGGAGGAGAUGCAGAAAGCAGCCUUCCAGGCCCUUCAGCUGCAGAAGGACAGUGUGCACGGCUACAUCCGAAACCAGAUCAAGCUCAUAGAGGGUGAGUUGAUGCAGCUAACUAAGCUGGAGGUGAAGAGACAGAGUCUGGAUGCUGAGAACUUGCAAGAAGUCCUGGUUGAACAGCGCUCAGCUCUCGGCAAUUUGUUGCAGCAGCUGCUGAAGCAGAAGGAUCAGAGGGAAACAGAGCUUCGCCAGGUUCUGGAAGAGAUGGAGCUGAAAUCUGAACGUAAUCAGCAGAACUACUGGAUGAUACAGUACCAGAGGUUGCUGGAUGCAAAGCCAUUAUCACUGCACAUGCAGGAAGCGGGUGUGGAGAAAGAGCUAGUCCAGCUGUUGUGUCAGCUGUCAGCUCAGGACUACCUCCCCAUCCUGGCUCACCAUGGAGUGACGACUGCGGCACUGAGCCGGAUGAGUCCCUCUGACCUCAGCAAGCUUGGCCUCAACGAUUUGGGUAUUCAGAAGGCUCUCCUCAAUUGGGCCAGGGGUCACCCUGUUACAGUUCCUGAAGUUAGAGCCAGUAAAGCAAUGCAGUUUGAGGAGGAAGAGGAAGCUUCUCCUUCGGCUCCAUCCCUUCCGUCGCCUUCUCAUAGCUUGGGGUCUGAUAUUCCUAGCCCUCUGCCUUCUCCAAGGGCACCUGUUGCUCCUUCAGCCCCUAGCCCUGAGGAACCAGGCAGCACUGAGUGUGUUGUAUGUAUGGAGAACAGGUUUCAGGUCAUCUUCCUGCCGUGUGGUCACGUGUGCUGCUGUCAAGUCUGCAGUGGUGCUCUGCAGAACUGCCCCCUGUGCCGCAGCGACAUUUCCCAGCGCGUACGGCUCUACAACAUCUAGGACCUUUUCUGCACUCAACUAGUUCAUCAAUAUGCAUGAUGUCACCAUAUUCUGAUCCUGUGUAUAACCAACACGUCUUCAGAGGGCUGCUUCUCCUCUAUUAACCACACAUAUCCUAAAUAAAUGUGCUGACGGAAUGAGU